AUGAACUCCAUCCAUUGCUAUAAAAUAAACGCCACUUUCCCUCUCCAUUUUCAGUAAUCUCUCUCUCUCUCUCAUCUUCUCUGGUCUCUGUUUCUACGGUUCCUCAAUCCUAAAAAACUUUUUCAAAAAAUAUAUAAUUACACGUACGAUGGAGAAGCGUAGCUCUAUUAAGAACAGAGGAGUACUUAGGUUACCACCAGGGUUCCGAUUUCACCCGACCGACGAAGAGCUAGUUGUUCAAUAUCUGCGUAGGAAAGUUACCGGUUUACCCUUACCGGCUUCUGUUAUACCGGAAACCGAUGUUUGUAAAUCCGAUCCCUGGGAUUUACCUGGUGAUUGUGAUUCAGAGAGGUAUUUUUUUAGCACAAAGGAAGCUAAAUACCCGAACGGAAACAGGUCGAACCGAUCAACCGGUUCGGGUUAUUGGAAAGCGACGGGUAUCGAUAAGCAAAUCGGGAAGAAGAAGCUUGUCGUGGGGAUGAAGAAAACUCUUGUUUUCUACAAAGGUAAACCACCUAACGGGACAAGAACCAAUUGGGUUCUUCACGAAUACCGUCUUGUUGAUUCCCAACUAGACUCAUCAUAUAACAUGAAUUGGGUUCUGUGCAGAGUGUUCUUGAAGAAGAGAAGCAAUAGUAACAAGAGGAAAGAAGAAGAAGAAGAGCGAGACGAGUUGGAGAACGAGAAAGAGACAGAGAUAGAGGAGAAUAAGAAGAGUCGUAGUACUAGUACUUGUCCCAUUUUUUAUGACUUUAUGAGGAAAGAAGAUAAGAAGAAGAGAAGAAGAAGAAGAUGCUGUGAUUUGAAUUUGGCUCCUGCUGCGUCGUCGUGUUGUUGUUGUUUUUGUUCUUCUUCAGGGUCUUCGUCGUCUGUUUGCUCAAGUGCUCUAACUCAGACAUCUUCUAAUGAUACUCAUAAUUAUCAUGAAGAAAUCACUUGUCGGGAAAAUAAGUUUUGUUUGUUUCUCUAAAAACCUCAACAAACAAUUUUAGAAGUACAAGUUCUUCUUCUUUUCACUUUAAUUAAUUAGUUUAUGAUUGAUUACCAAGUGAUUAAUUAACAAAGCAAUCUGGACCAUA